AUGCAAUGGAGUAUUGUCCUGCAUAAAAAUCAUGGUUUUCUUGAAAGAUGCAGACUUUUGCCUGUACCACUGCUUGAAGAAAGUGUCUUCUCAAAACUGGCAUUGGAUUUGGGAGUUGAUUUUAAGUCCAUCUUUAACCCAAAAGGUCCAGCUAGCUCAUCUUUAAUAAUACCAGCCCAUACCAGUACCCCGCCUCCACCUUGCUGGUGUCUGAUUCGAAGUGGAGCUCUGUGCCCAUUACUGAUCCAGCCACGGGUCCAUCCAUCUGGUCCGUCAAGAGUCACUCUCAUCCCAUCAGUCCAUAAAACCUUUGAAAAAUCUCUCUUCAGAUAUUUCUUGGCCCAGUCUUGA